AUGGUUUCAGAGCAGCCUCCCUCGAGCAUCAGGAUCCUAUCGCUCAACUGCUGGGGCCUCAAGUACAUAGCAACACUCCGCAACGAGCGCCUCACUGAAAUCGCAAACCAAAUUGCCGCUGCGGACCCCCGACCAGACAUUGUCGGUCUGCAAGAGUGCUGGACACAGCAGGACUACAACGUCAUAAGAGAGAAGACCAAUAGCUUCCUUCCGUAUGGAAAGUUCUACCACAGCGGCAUAUUUGGCGGAGGACUGGCGAUCCUGUCAAAAUGGCCGCUUGAAGAGAGCAACAUGGUGCGGUAUCCGCUGAACGGACGACCUGCAGCCUUCUACCGCGGAGACUGGUUCGUAGGAAAGGGCGUGGCAUGUGCAAGGAUACGCAUAGGACCUGGCCGGAGAGACAUUGCUGAGGUCUUUUGCACUCAUCUCCACGCCCCCUACGAAACUGAACCCCACGACUCGUACAUAUGCCACCGCACCGCCCAAGCCUGGGAAAUCACAAAACUUAUGCGCGGCGCUGCCGAGCGUGGCCACCUUGUCAUCGGCCUGGGCGACUUCAACAUGGUCCCUCUCUCGCUCGCCCACCGCAUAAUAGAAACACACUCACCCGUCCGCGACGUCUGGCGCAUCCUCCACCCCGACUCUUCCCUCGGCGCCGCAAAAGACAAAGUCGAAAAAGCCCGCGGCAAUCCCAUCCCUACCGCAAACUUCAACCUGACCGUCAACGGCGCAACAUGCGACUCCGAACUCAACACCUGGCGCUGGAACAAAGCGCAUAAGAAGCGCCUCGCAAAAGGAGAAAAUGUCCAAAUCGACCCUACAGUAGCGGACCCAAAUGCCAAACGCCUCGACUACAUCUUCUUCUCCUCCGCCCGCUACCACGGCGCAGACACACCAGAAUGGCAACUCAGCGCCGCAAACGUCGGCAUGACCAUGCGCCACCCUACACUCCACUGCUCGCUCAGCGACCACUUCUCCGUAGAAGCCACCUUGACGCGAAACAGCACCAGUGCCCCAGACAUCCACGCCUCCCCCCUCGCCCCCGAGGAAACAUACCUCCCAAUAGAAACCUACGACGAGAUUCUUGCCACCACGCUGAAAUACCAAGUCCGCGAGCGCGUCCAGCGCAAACUGCGCAUCGGGCAUUUCUUCUUCCAGCUGUCCCUCUCCAUAGGCUGUUUGGUCGGCGUGUGGUGGAGUCCGCGAAAUUACGUCGCGUUCUUGCUCAUGCUGUUGAGUUCGGUGGGGCUGAGUGUGGGCGUUAUUGAUGGGCUUAUGGGGCUGUUGUUUGUCGGGAGUGAAAUGAGGGCGCUCAGGGAGUUUGAGUGGGAGGUGAGGAAUGCGAGGGAAAGGGCCGUUGUGAGGGGUGGGGGGUCCAAGUAUGGGACGACGUGA